AUGUCACACAAAGCCCUAGAACACCGGCACCCCAUCGAUUCGUGCGCAUUUCAGCUCCAUAGCUGGAGACCUUUUCAGCUGCAUCAACAGACCACACCUACCUCCAAAGCCCUAGACUCCGAUCCCUCCCUCCCCAACCCCAAACCCUACAACUCCUCUUCCAAUGGCCUGGUGAUCCACACCAAGCGUCCCUGCCUAUCCAACCGAGCGACCUCGUUUUCAAUCGACGCCAUCGACAUGUCUCGGUUGACCUUGGUCGACGACGACAGGACGAUCUCCGGUGGCCAUCACAAUAGGCACGGCAGCUUUCGAUUCAUUGCGAAGAAGAGGCGGCGCCACGGGUCCCGGUCAGUUUCGGGUCGGAGCAGCGAUCGGAGUGGGACCCGGAGGUGCUGCUCGGUCGGGGCUUCGGCUGCGUACGGUACGUGCUCGGAUUUUCCGGUGGCGGUGGGUACGGACUCCAGUGGUGAGCUGUUUGGGAAUGGGGAUGCAAAUUGGGCAUCGGAUGUGAGUGAAGCUAGGAAUUCGAGGAAGGAGAGAGAUGGAGGUGGGAGUGGAGAGAAGGAGAAUCUGGGUAUUGGGUUUGGGCCUAUUGGGGGUUUUGAUGUUCAGGGGAAUGAGUCCGGGUACGGCAGCGAACCGGGUUACCGAGGGGAUGCGGAGUUCGGGUACGGCGAUGAGCUUGAUGAGGAGGAGGAGGAUACUCGUCUGUUGUUUUGGGGUGAUCAAUUUGGAGAUACUGAUUCCAUGAUGGAGAUUGUGGGGGAAAAUACAUUCGUCGAUCAAAAAUCUCAUCACAGAUGUCGGCGUAAGAAGCAUGACUGCAGAAUGGUUGAUUCGCUGAGGCAUCAGCUUUCUAUUGAGAAGGAUGUCGGCCCCUGGAUGGAAUCCGUGUAUGCAUGA